GUUUGUUAGUCAUCCCGUUGCUUGCUUACAAGAAAGUUGCCCCACUCUCCAAGUACGAUAUAACUGAGUCAUAGUGGUCACAUUUUUUGCUCGCUUACUCAACUCAAGGUUUCGUUUAAAAUUUAAAAGGAAACUUCAUCGAUUCGCCAUAAUGCUGGACACAUGUCAGUAAAAGCGUCACCCUUGCAAAUAUUUUAAGUUUCGCAUAUACUUAGGAUUAGACCCAUCUGGGGUGGAAUUUAUGUGCAGUGUUCCAUGUAAAUAAGUGGUUGCGAAGCUGUCCUUAAAUUGUACCUGUGAAGUGAAUAUUGUGAGAACGUCGGUAGUAAACGUGUUAUAAAAUGUUUUUGUGAUAUUAACAAAAGUCGAAAUGUUCUGGAAUCGAUUAAAGAAAUCAAGCAAGGCAUAUUCAAGUACCUGAGCAACAUUUCUCGCCCUCUUUUACGUCUCAAAUUUGAUCAAUACUGCAAUUGAGAAUCACCCCAAGAAUUUCUGAAGUGGAGGACAUACAGAAAACCCGAAGAGGAACCUUGAAUCAAAGACAAUUUAUUAUCUACCCUGAGAACAUUGUACUUCUUCUCUGCCUCAAGGAAUAAUUUGGAUAAGAUUGUGAUUGAACUCAAAUGUGAAAGUAACUCAAGUUGACGGAAUAUUGUCUGCACAGAGUGGAGUGUGGUCGUCUCAUGCAAUUUUUUGUGGUGCCGAUAUCAUAAACUUGUGACAAAAAAUGGAUAAAGUGAUCAAUCACAUUGUCUUUUUUUGAAAAUCAGAAAGGUGUGACCGUCCAUCGGACGUCGACUAAAUCCAAUAUUUUCACAUUCUCAUGAAAUGAUGAAGAGUAGUGGAGAUGAGUGAAAAUCCAAGCGUCACCUCCGCUCGUGACGUCGUGAUGCAUCGUACAUUGCACCUAAAAAUGUGAUAAUCUUUGUGGGUUGGAAAUGAUUGGAAUUCGUAAUGUGGAAAAAUAAACCGAAAGGUUAGUCAUUAGUUUUAGGACGACUAGGUUAAUAAAGAGUUGCAAUAGGACUUAAGUGAGACGAUACGGUGAACAUUACUUCUUGUGAGUAUAUGUACAUGUAAAUCCGUGAAACCGGAGCAAAUCCAAGAUCUCGACGUUGUCAAACAUAGUUCACAAUGGGACCCAGACAAGGAAGAGAUCGGAGCACAAUAAGCGUCAGACGACACUGGAUGGCCAAUCUGGCAGUGAGUCUACUGCUGCUCACGCUAGUCCAAAUUUCAUCGUGCGACUCAUUUCAAAUCUCCAGUGGAAGGAUACUAAGAACAAGGUUAUCUAGACGAGAUACCAACCCUCCAUUUCCAGUCUACUCCGAUGAGGCAGAGUCCAGACAGACUGAUGAUGACAUAGUCACAACAAGCACUGUGGCCCCCGGGGGCAGCCAAAGUCUCGAGGGGGGUCACAGCGGAAAUAGUGAAUCCCAACAAGCAUCUUCCCAAGAAGAGGACGAGACAACCACCACAAUUAAACCUUCACAAAAAAGCUCCCACGUGAACUCACUACUUCGUCGGAAACUUAACAUUACCUCACCAACCACAACCUCAUCAACUACUCAGAAACCUCCAAAAUUUUCAGAAGAACUUGACCAAGAAGUUCAACCUACUCAGUAUGUUUCAUCGUCCUGGGAAGAUGACGACCAAGAUUCUCCAGAAGAAUCCGAAGCCCGAACCCACUCAGCGCUACCUUCUCCAGUGCCCACCCAUCCGUCCCAGACCAUGAGGACGCCAACCACACCAUUUUCCUCAAUUCUCAUGAACAAAACUUCUCGGCACUACGCCACCAGCAGCAACAGUAACAAUCACAAUGCAAAUAUGAAUCUUUUCCGUCGCAAUAAUAGCAAUAAUCAAAAUAAUAAUGCAGUCAUCACAAAUAGUGUAAGAGACAGUGAAAGUGAGAGAAAUAAUGCGAAUAAUACAAAUUUGAACGUCGGGAGUACAACUUUGAGAGGAAUUCGACCAACCACUUCUGUCAUACAGUUUAAUCCCUCCACGUACAACAGAGUAGUCAAAAGGAGAAAGAUCACAUCCAUUCUUGGAAGAAAUAGGAAUGGAGCAGUAGAUUUUGAAGCGCCUCAAACAACGGUGGAAACAAUAGGCGACGAGUUGUCCACUGCCACCGACCCUCUAGACGAAGAUUUUCUUGUCGAUGCAGCAGCAACUACCCUCCGAACCGUAACACUUGUUGGACAUCAGAACGGUUCCAGAGCUAUUGCAGGAUUCAGCAAGAAGGGACCAGUUCGUGUGGUGACCAAAACAAGGCCAAAACCAAUCAUUAUUCGAGAUCAUGAUGCUUACUUUAGAAACUUGACCACGGAGACAGCUCCAACGACGGAGAAUGUCUUGUUCGACAUGGAAGAAGAUACUCAGUCACCAACAGCAUCACUGCAGAACAACAACGUAUUAGUGGAUCACAAUCCUCAUAAUAAUAAUAAUAUCAAAGUAAGAAAAGUGAAGGUAACAAUGUCAAGAAGACCUGGUCCCGGAGUGGUGGGUGUGGUCACCUCAGAUAUUCCAGUGCAGGCAGUAACGUUUUCCACCACCACAGAACAUGUCACCCCAGUUACGAGUACCACACCUUCGCCUGUAGUUCAGCCAGAGGCGAACAACGAGGCCCCACUUAAUGCGAUUCGACCUUCGCCAGCUUCCUCAACUCCAGAGGAAUUUACCUCAAGACGAGUGUACAAAGAGGAAUACGGAAUUCAAAGAGACACGUAUCAACAUGGCGAUGAGGACGGAUUUCCAUCGACAUUAGAGAGCGAGGAUGAUCAUGACGAUGACCACAAUCACGAGGGUUCUGGCGACUUCCACCACAAUGGUAGUCGAGAAAUGGAAGUAGACGCUACGACAGAACAUUACUCUGUCCACAUACCGACCAAUCCUGGUUAUAACGAUGCACGAUUUGGAAAUUUCAAGUUUGAGGGAAGCAGUGCUGGGGGAGAUGAACCUCAUGACGGAUCAUCGCCUAGAGUUGGUCAUAAUCAUGUCCGAGUAAGCACUCCUAAAUAUCGAGACUACUUUUCCGAAGUCCCAACUGCAGGAGGCAAUCAAGGAGAACAUGUCGACAGCCACAACACGGAUAAUCUCAAUCAUUUGUAUGUCCAUGCUCACAACGGAAGUGGCAGUAGUCAUAAUUUAUCCCUCGGAUCGGAUGAAUCGAUUAAUCCAAGUCCAUCCCCCCCUCAUAUUGAACCAUCAGUUACCGUGACGGUCACAAAGACGCUGGCCCACCAUGAAGAUAUUAUUACAACCACACCAAGUUAUAACAUUACCAACGUUGAAUUCCAAAUCCCUGCACCCGUCGUUGAAGCAAAUACUCACUCACUGAACGAUCACUCUUCAUCUUCAACCACUAUUUCCACCCCAAUACUUCCCUUAACGACGGUCAUGGAUAAAGUUGCAGCGCCACAGGUUACCAACUCGGUGGAGGAACACAACAAUUCACAGUCCGAAGUCAGGCCCUCCACGAACAUAACGGCAUCUACAACAGGACCCAAAAUCUCUUCAAAGGAUGCAACGUCCGUGUUUUAUACAAAAGUGCAAGAGCCACAUUUUACCUCAAGCUCUUAUGAGUUUAGCACCACACGUGAGUAUUCCUACACAUCCCAAUCCAAUGAUGAGGAUGACGACGACGAACACCACCACAGUCAUAAUCAUGACCAUCAACAACAUGACCUUUCGUCACCACACCCUCCAGAAGAUUCUGCAGCAGAGUCUCAAACCCAUGUAUUAAACAGAAAUUCUACGACAGGCUUAUCCUUCGCACCUUCACCAACCCCAUUUUAUCCCACCCUUGAUAACAACACUACAACAAAAAUGAGCACAACUUCGACAACCUUUACGACCACGGCAGCAGCCUCUCCAUCAUCUCAAAUUCCAAUAAUCGUUCCUAGAAAUUCCACAUCCGUCACAAAACCAGAAACAACUUCUCCAUCAUCGUCAGAGCAUGAAAUUGAGCACAACUUCCCUGAAAUUUCUCACAACGAUAUAGAGAGUCAUGGGAAAAAUGAGUCUUCUUCAGUGGUGCCGAAGGAUAAGGUUCACCCUUUGACGAAGGAUCUCCCAAAGGUGGUUGUCCCUGCCCUGUACCAAGUCCCAGUCUUGGUAAAAAUGGAGCUACGAGUCGCCCAAACAAUGUUUUGUUCGAAUCUCAACAACUUCAAAGAGAUGAUCGUGUUCGUUUAUGGAGGGAGGAAAAGCGGAGUCGUGGGCCCAGAUCAAAUUGUGGUGUACAUUGAACCAAACUGCACAUCCUCUUCCGACAUCAUUGUUCCCCCAACUGAAGAUCCUUCACAAAAGGCCAAUGUUUCCACAGUUGUUCCAGCCUUAAAAUCGACCUUACCGACCUUACCGACUAUCACGACAACAGCCAUUGCGACAACCACUGGAGCAACUACACCCAAAAUCUCACCGUCCAUUGGAAAAAACGAGUCAUCCUCCGACGAGAAACAAAUCACGUCAUUCCCACAAAACUCGAGUGACGUGGUCACUCCAAAACCUGAGAAUAAAACCGUGUCAUUGCGACGACGUCGGCGUCGGAGAUCUGAAAGAGGAGAAAGUUUGAUUUUAGACAAAAGGAAGAGUUUGGAGGACGGAGAAGGCACAAGAACGACUGGAAACGGCAGCGGUUUCAACUUGCCACAAUCUCCUGGAGAGAAAAAUUCUGCGGAGUAUGUCUCAGUCUACUUUUACGUGAAGGACAAACUUGGGAAUUACGACCAGGAACUGACAAUGUCCUUUUAUGAAUUCUGGAACGAGUCCCAAAAUGGAACAAGUGGAAAAAAUGAGAGCAUGUUCCAGGGUGUGUUUUAUCAAAGGGUCAAGAAAGUGGAUAUGGUUUCCGCCAGCCAACUCAUUUCUUCAGAAGAUAAUGAAAGUAAUGAAAAUUCAGGAAUCAUUGCCGCUAUUGCGAUUGCUUCCAUUGCAGCUACCUGUCUUUUCCUAAUUGGAAUUCUUCUCUUGGUUCUGAGGCAUCGACAAUCUCAGACAAAAUUUGCCAAGCGAUGCACUCCAGUCACUUUGGACGACUACAGUCUGGACAACAUCUCAUUCUCCAACUCCUUCCGAAGGAAACAGCGUCUCCGUGGCUCGAAACGGUCCUACACAAAUGCCGCGUUUGAUGACCCUACCGCACCAUCCAGAGUUGUUAAUUUAUCCACGCUACACUCUGCACUAACUGACAUUGCUGGACUGGACGCAGAGUUUAGAGCAAUUCCUAGUGUAUCACCCACACUUGAUGACAUUCCUCAAGGAGCUGAAUCCAAAAAUAGAUACGCUAAUGUAAUUCCCAUGCCAGACACACGAGUUUUGCUAACAUUCCAAGAAGAGCAACCAAAUUCGGAUUACAUUAACGCAAACUUUGUCAGAGGACAAAAUGGUGAACCAAAACGCUAUAUUGUGACGCAAGGACCGCUUGAGGAAACAGUGGUCGACUUUUGGAGGAUGGUGUGGGAGCAACAAGUCCGCGUUAUUUUCAUGCUCACAGACUUUGCAGAAGCCGGGCACUCAAAAUGUGCUGAAUAUUACCCACGCUCAGAGACAAUAGACUGCAGUCAGCUUCACGGAGAUUUUCAAGUCACUCUAGAAAAGCGAGACGCCACUGACAACUGCAUCACUUCCUAUAUUGUUAUCAAGGACAUGGAAAGAAAUUUGAGGAGAGACGUGAUUCAUUUGUGGUACCACUCGUGGCCGGAUAAAGGAGUGCCCCCAACGGCUAAAACAGUGGACUUUCUCCUCAAGUCGAGAAAAUUUACAAAAGAGCCAACUCCGGUCGUGGUUCACUGCAGCCCUGGAACUGGCCGCAGUGGCACCAUCGUCGCUUGUGAUAUUGCGAUGAAAGAAUUUGAGCUUCAGCAGAAAGGCACCGCGGACAUUCCGCGACUGGUAGGUCGGUUGAGACAGGAUCGGGCCGGGUCAGUGCAGACGAAAGAGCAGUACUUGCACAUUUAUGAGACCCUUCAUUACUACGCCACGAGAUAUGCUGCCACCCAAAUGGAGCCCAUUGGAGCCGUCCCAUAAUUUUACUAACUGCAUUAAUUGGAAUGUAAUUGAACCAGUCAUUUUGCACAAUUUGCGCACAGCAAAAAAAGAGAAAGGUCAAUUGCAGAACUAAUCGCAAUUGAUGAGCUAUUAAAGAACAGUUGGUCAUAAGUCACAUUAAUCUUUUCGCAAAGUCACCUUCCACUAAACUAUCGUUAUUUAUUGAUAAUAUGCAUGUUUGUUAUUUUCUGCUGGUGUAAUAAAAUUAGUGUAUUAAAUUUCACGAUGAGUGAUAAUACUUGAG